CGCAAGUUGCACUUCAAUAUAGCGAUUCCUGGAAGACACUAGUCUUUCAGCAGCGCUAUAAAUAAACAAAAACUUAAUUUUAUAUUUUUAUAACUUUUCUUUCUUUCACUUCUGUGCUUUACUUCUUUUUCAAAAUGAGAUCAAUGAUCGUAGCUUGUUUAGCGCUGGCGUGCGGAGCACAUGCCGGAUGGGUCGGCCCCCCCGCCAACAUCGCUCUAUCUCAAGAUGGACGCAACAUCCUGGACACACCCGAAGUAGCCCAAGCGCGGGCCGCCCAACUCGCCGCUCUCCAGAAAGCCUCAUUAAACAACCCUAACCCAAACGACGAUGGUUCAUACAACCCCGCCUGGAACAACGAGGAAUACUGGCAACGCGCUGACAAGAGCAGCAAUUGGAACGGUGCCCCCGCUAACCAGUGGAACGCUGGAAACCAAUGGAACGGCGCUCCCGCCGCUCAAGCAUGGAACGGCGCUCCCGCCGCCCCAGCGUGGAACGCUGCCGGCCACGCUCCCGCUCCCGUCGCCGAGACCCCUGAAGUAGCGCAAGCCCGCGCCGCCCACCUCGCCGCCCUCAACUCCGCCAACAGCGCUCCCGCCCACAACCAGUGGAACGCCGGAAACAACGGCCAAUGGAACGCCGCCAACGACAACGGUCAGUGGAACUCCGGAAACGACAACGGUCAAUGGAACGCCGCUAACGACAACGGUCAAUGGAACGCCGCCAACGACAACGGUCAAUGGAACGCCGGAAACGACGAUGGCCAAUGGCGCUCGGGAAACGAAGGCCAAUGGAACGGUAACCACCAAAACCAACAAUGGAACGGUAAUAAUCAGCAAAACCAGUGGAACGGUGCUCCUUCUUGGCAAGGACCCCCUGCCCAGAUCAGACUCGCUCACAACGGCGCCGGUAUCCUAGACACCCCCGAGGUCGCCGCCGCGCGCGCCGCUCACCUGGCCGCUCACGCGAAGAUCGGCGCGCCCGCGCACCCUCAGCAGCACUGGUGAACACUUCCCCCUCUCUCUCCGGGUAUGCUGGACUGCUCUCGCGUGUCACUCGCGCUCCCGAUGAACGCGUGCAGGUGACACCCCAGGGAUACGUCGAGAAGCCCUCUUCUCCUUCGAUCUCCUCUUCGUUUAGUUUCUCAAAGUGCUAGUGCGUCAGACUCUUACUUUCCUGUAGCUUUUUGUUACUUUUCUAAGAAAUUUCUAUCUAUUUUAUACGAACUUUUGUACAUAAUAAAUAUUAAUUAUAUGUAUGCGUCAACGAAUUAUAUUAAACGAUAAAGAAACAUAAA